AUGGCAAUUAAAAUAAAAAUAAUUUCGUCAUCAGAUAAUGCAAACACGUGUUUACAUGCUGUACAAUUAUGGGAAAAAUAUAAAGACAAAUUUUCAGAAGACUUUCUUAGAAAUAUAUCUAACAAUGAUGAAGGCACAACUAAUGAUAAUUUCCGUGAUCUUGCCAUAAAUCAGUGCUUAUUAGCUCUUCAGGAUGAGUUAACAGCAGUUGGCGGUAAAUCACUAUGUGAAUAUGGUUUGCCAACACCAACCUCAGUCGGAGAGGUAACUAAUAGGGAAUAUUCCGCAGAGAUUGGUUACAACUUAAUGGAACUGCUGACAACAUUAGAAAACGGUGUCCCAAUGAUGACUGCAGAACAACGUUCAGUUUAUGACCGUGUGUGCGGAAGUGUUCAAAAUAAUUUGGGAACAAUAUGGUUUUUAGAUGCACCUGGAGGAACUGGGAAAACCUUUUUGACUAAAUUAAUAUUGGCUUAUGUUCGAAAUCAGCGUAAAAUAGCUCUUGCCGUAGCUUCAUCUGGGAUAGCUGCAACAUUGCUACCAGGAGGUAAAACGGCUCACACUAUGUUCAAAAUACCAAUUGAUUUAGAUCGCACGGAAAGUCCAACCUGUAGUAUUUCAAGAAAUAGCGACAAAGCAAAGGUAUUACGCGAGUGUAAUUUAAUCAUAUGGGAUGAAUGUACGAUGGCCCAUCGAAAAGCAGUAGAAGCGGUAGAUAGAACUUUAAGGGAUAUAAGACAAAAUGAUCGACCAAUGGGCGGUAUCACGGUUUUAUUUUGUGGUGAUUUCCGACAAACCUUACCGGCGUAUGCGCCCACUGAAAACUCGCUUCAGGAAGAAAUAGACUGUUUUUAUGAUGACUUAGCGAAUGCCCACGAUACCGUAUCUACUGAGUAUAUAUUCUCUAUGGGAGAUUUUAAUGCCCAAAUCGGAAUUCCUGAAAAAUUCGAGAGACCCAUUGCAGGCGAGUAUGGUUAUGGCAUUAGAAGUGCUCGAGAUCUCUUAAUGGCUCAAAAUAUUUACAAUGCGGAGGAGUACUACCAACAAAUUAUCCACCACAUCAAGUCAAGUCUAUCAAACAUUAAAGGUUCACAAAAGAACAAAAUACUAUCUGCUAAAAAAGCUUUUAAAGAACUUAAUCAAACCAAAUCAUGGGUACCUUUCCUGCAUUCUGGCGAUAACAAAUGCAAGUCUCGCACAGAAAUAAUAAAAACAGCUACCGAUUUUUAUGCUAACCUAUACAGGGAACCACCCGCACAAAAGCAAACCAAGACUGACUACCACUAUACAGACACAACUCCAACCGUACAGUUUACAGAAAAAGAAAUCUUGAAACAAAUAAUGAGACUUAAGCCGGAAAAAAGCCCAGGGCCAGAUGGGAUCACUAACGAAUGUAUCAAGGUUGCGCAGACUCUACUACUGACACCAAUCACCAUCCUAUGGAAUAAAAUACUCGAGGAUGAAGCUGUGCCGCACCAAUGGUUGGAAUCUGAAAUUACUCUGCUAUACAAAAAAGGCGACCCAGCAGACUUGGGAAACUAUCGUCCUAUAAGCCUUAUGUCUAGCUUUUACAAACUUUUUGCCUCCUGCUUGCUUGAAAGAAUAGGCCCUGUUAUCGAUUCACAUCAACCGAUCGAACAAGCUGGGUUCAGAAGUGGUUUCAGCACAUUGGACCAUAUCCAAGUAGUGGACCAGGUGAUUGAGAAAUUCUCAGAAUUCAAUAAGCCCUUGUACCUAGCCUUCGUAGACUAUAAAAAAGCUUUUGAUACAAUUUCACACGAAAGCAUCUGGGAAUCACUGAAAGCACUAAACAUAAACAAAAAAUAUAUUAACAUCCUAAAUCAAAUUUACAAUAACAGUACAAGCAAAGUCAAGCUAGAUAGAGUAGGCGAACCAUUCAAGAUAAGAAGGGGAGUCCGUCAAGGAGACCCAAUUUCGCCUAAAUUAUUCAUAGCCGUCUUACAACACGUAUUAGGAAAAUUACCGUGGUCCAAUCGAGGCAUUAAUAUGAAUGGAAACAUGCUUAGUCAUCUCAGAUUUGCCGAUGAUAUAAUAUUGUUUGCGGAAAACCCUCACCACCUAAGUAAGAUGAUCAAUGAACUUAACCAGGCUAGCAAAAAUAUUGGAUUGGAAAUUAAUAUCGACAAAACAAAAAUAAUGACUAACCACACUGAGACGCCCAUCUUACUGGAUUCCCCUCUCGAGUACGUAAAUAAAUAUAUCUACUUAGGCAAACAGAUUUCUUUUAGUAAGGAAAGAAACCUUGAAGAAGUAAACCGAAGGGUCGCAAUUACGUGGAGCAAGUUCUGGAGCUUUAAAGAAAUUCUUAAAUCGCAACUUCCGCUAGCAACUAAAAAAAUAGUCAUGGACACAGCACUACUGCCCUGCCUCACUUAUGGGUGCCCAACAUGGACCUUCGACCACAAAAUUAGAUAUAAAAUCCAGACUUCGCAAAGAAGAAUGGAAAGAAGCUGCCUAGGCAUCAAACUUAGAGAUAGGAUAAAGAACAUCGACAUUCGAAAAAAAACAAAAGUAUGUGAUGCCUUAGGUUUUUCACUGAAGGGAAAAUGGAAGUGGGCGGGUCACUUGGCUCGUUACAAAGACGACAGAUGGACCCUCAGGUCAGUUAAAUGGUCGGGGCCAAGAGGCACCAGGACAAGGGGUCGACCAAAGGCAAGAUGGGCUGACGAAAUAGUAGCAGUCGCUGGCGGAAAUUGGCUGAACUUGGCCCAAAACAGGGAUAAGUGGCAUUCUUUGGGGGAGGCUUUUACCCGUACGGGGUCCAUAUAG